AUGUCACAACUAGACCCUGAGGCGACGGAGCGCAGCGGCGCACUUUCCAAAGUCCUGGAAGCUUUCAAAUGCGACAAUGUUUCGACCUCGACGUCAAUUGCCCGAUCGGACGAAGAUGGUAGCAUUUUUCGGAAACGGAAAUUGAUUGAGGCGGUAUCGACGAAUUCCGAACAGAGUCACUCGGUUGCUGCUAAGCCCGUGAAUACAAAGAAGAAGCCUGCGCCGAAAAAGAAACCACGAACUAUCACGGGCCUGGCUACUGCCGCAUACAAACUUGCUAGUCAGCCCGAUCCUGGCACAGACGAGGAGACCCGGACUAGAAGCUCAAAAGCACAGGCUUCGGAUGCGGCAGCUGAUACAGAGAACAAUGCGCCGAAGAAGACGGCGAGAAAACGCACCACCAAAGCUCCACAGAAGAGGAAAAAGAAAGAAGCGCCGCCUAAGCGAAUGCUGUUGUCACCUAGCGCUGCGCUGCGUCAAGUUGCAAAUCAAGACUUCCUUUUUGGAACAUCAAGCCAGCUGGCCCAAGAACAGUCCCCGAGAUUCCUGCGAGAUCUGGCUACGGCUAUGAAGAAUUCGAAUGAAACCGAUUACAUCACACUUUCGACGCCAAUCAACAGCGACGCCAUCGAGCCCCCAGAAGCGAAGCGCUCGCUUUGGGACGCGGCGGCUCGCGAUGAAGCUGGAGAUCUGUUUGAUCUUGGAAUUCAGGAGCUGGCCCAAACAUCACAAGACUUGCCAGUUCCCCAGGCAGAGGCUGAUCCUUUUGGAUACUUCAAAGAAGCAAGCCCUCCUGAAGACGACUCAUUUCUUACCCUUUCGGAUGCAUUGAAACCACCAAAGUCUCCAAAGUUACCACGUGCGAGCCCUCCAGCCGCAAAGCAGCGAAUUGCUCUAUCUUCACAGGAUACGCAGUUGACGCCUGCGGCGCCUAUUUCACCAGACCUGCCAUCUCGUCCUAAAUUCGAACUCUUCACCGAUGCACAACUAGCCAGCGCCGUAUCAUCAUAUGGCUUCAAGAAUAUCCGCCAAAGAGGGGCCAGAAUCGCACUUCUUGAAAAAUGCUGGCAAGGCAAGAACCAGACCGGUGCUGUCUCGGGCGCAAGAUCGGCGUCGACGCUUGCUGGCCCAAGCGUGCGGUCACCAGGGAAAUCAGGACAGGCAAGAUCGCCUGCAAAGACACCUGCUAGGCCAGAAUCAUCCCUGGCGAGCGCGUCACAACCGCAAGAGCCCCCACCAUCAGCACAGCAGCCCAUGAGCCCACCAAAACGACCUCGUGGUAGACCACGAAACUCACCAGCACCAACGCCAUCAUUGACAGAAACAGUAGCUCGCUGCGCCGCAACUGUGCUCCAUCCGGGUUCCACGAUCUUGGUCCCCAGCACUCCUAAGCGCAAGGCCAGGAGCUCCAAAGUCGUUGUUGAAAUACCAGACUCGGAGUCGGAUGCUGAUGAGCUCGAAACCCUCUCUGAUUCACCAUCCUCAGUGCCGGACGAGACAUUCUCGCCUUCUCAAGCGGUAGACUUGUCGCUCUCUAUGGAUGACGAUGCCGAGCUGUCCAUGGCGGUGUUGGCAUGCGACAAGCCGGCGUCCUUUGAGUAUAUUACCAAGGCAGUUACUUCAGCGCCGAGGUGCAAAGACGUAAAUAACCCGUCUUGGUACGAGAAGAUACUUAUGUACGACCCAAUCAUCUUAGAAGACCUUACUGCGUGGCUGAACUGCGGACCGCUCACCACGGCCGGGUACGACGAUGAGGUGAGCUCAGGGGAGGUGAAGAAGUGGUGCGAGUCGAAGAGCAUAUGCUGCCUCUGGAAGGUUCAACACCGUAUCCGUACUUGGUAG